AUGACACAUAUGAUCACUCAAUAUCGUCAUCAUGUUUCAUUUUAUAAAGCAUCUAUUUUAACAUCUGAUUAUUUAUGUAUAAAUGUUCUUCCUCAAAUUGGUUCUCAUGUUCGAUCAUUAGUCAUUGAUCGCAAUUAUUCUUGUUUACAAGAUGAAUUAUUCAUCGAACAUUUUGGAAAAAAAAUGUCAAUCAUAUUUCCUAAAUUAGAAAGAAUUAGUCUUACUUAUUAUGAGCAUGCUAGAUUACUUACUUUUCUUGAUGUGUUACAUGAUUUGAAUCAUUUGAUUGAGAUUCGUUUAUAUGAUCUUUUGGAUAUUCAAACUUGGCAUCAAGCAACACUUGUUCGAUCACUAUAAGAACAACAAUUUCCAGUACACCAUCUUCCAAAGUUACCUCGGCUGAUUCAAGUCUUUUUGUUUGAAUCAAUACCAUCUGAUCUCAAUCUUUUUUCAUUUAUUCUUAAUGCUGCACCUAAUCUUUUUCGUUUGGAUUUACCUUUUAAUUGCUUAUGGAAAUUACUUGAAGAUCAACAAACACAUUAUCUUCUUGGUCAAAGAAUUACUUCACUUAACAUCUACAAAAAUGCAACAGAGACGUCAAUAAUAACAGCCAACGAAGAACACAUACCUAUCAUUGCUUCUGUAUUUCCUCGAGUUCGUGAUUUGUAUGUUGAUGUGACGCAUUUAACAAGUAGUACAACAAUGAUCUCGAACGGAAAUACUCUAGAACAUACUGUAGUAGAAAACAUACCCAUGGAAUCAAUUCAACAGAAACAUGAAGUUGUGUCAUCAUUAUCAAGUGAAUCGAUGCUGUUAUAUUAUCUUAAUGAACUUCUUAUUCAUUUACUUUCCUUACCUUGUUUAUCUUCAAUAGCCAUCGAUUGUAUAGAUAAUGUUGAAAAUAAAAACGAUAUUUAUCGUCAAAUAUUUCGUUUACCUGUAUUAAAAUAUUGUAAAAUAUCAUUGAACAAACCUUUUAAUCUUAUUUUACUACUUAUUGCAACGACCGAAUUCAGUCCUAUUGGAUAUCUUGUUAUUACAAAUUUAUUGCGAUUCAAUGAAUUGAAUGAUCUUUUAUCAUAUGUUGCUGAACUUCAUCGUUUAUCAAUUCAUCUUUCGAAUAAAUCUUCUGAAAAAUAUGAUGAACAAUAUUCAAUUCACUUUAAUCAUUUGACACAUGUUUUUUUUUUUAAUAUAAAACGUACAGUCAGUGUACUUAAUAAUGACAGGAAAUUUUUCACUUGUCUUGUUUGA